AUGGGACAUAGUAAGAACACGCACAAGAGCCUGGACAGAACAGAGGAAACAAUUUUCCCAUCCCAAAUCACUAAUGAGCAUGAGUCAUUGAUAAUGGUGAAGAAACUCUUUGCUACUUCUAUCUCAUGUAUAAUGUAUAUAAGGGGCCUAUUUCCAGAGAGCUCUUAUGGAGAACGCCAUUUAGAGGAUCUCCGUUUAAAAAUCCUCCGAGAAGAUAAUACAUGUCCUGGAUCACUGCAUAUAAUCAAAUGGAUUCGAGGUUGUUUUGAUGCAUUGGAAAAGAAAUAUCUCCACAUGGCAGUUCUUAUACUUUACACAACUCCCAAUGAACCUGAGGAAGUGACUGAGCUAUACCAGUUCAAAUUCAAAUAUACAAGAGAAGGAGCCAUUAUGGAUUUUGACAGUUAUAGCAGCAGCACAAGCUUGAAAAGUGGAGCAAACAGUGAAGACAUUAAGAAAGCUAGUGUUUUUUUGAUCCGUAAAUUGUAUAUGCUUAUGCAGAACCUUGGACCUCUUCCUAAUAAUGUUCUACUUACUAUGAAACUUCACUACUAUAAUGAGGUGACCCCACGUGACUACCAACCUCCUGGUUUUAAAGAAGGGGUGAACUCACACAUACUGCUGUUUGAAGGGGAGCCUGUCAACCUGCAAGUGGGAUUGGUCUCCACUGGAUUUCACAGCAUGAAAGUAAAAGUCACAACUGAGGCCACCAGAGCGCCUAGUUUGGAGAAAAAUCUCUUUCAGGAGAACAACACUACUGAGAUCACCCAUCAAGGCCUAGACUGUGAUGAGGAUGAUGAGGAAGGCAACAAUCAAGUAAGGCAAAGCUUACUGAUCCUCUGUUGGUUCAGUCCAACAUGA